GGAGCCUACCCAGCAAGUUAGCAACAAGCCUUUAAACUUUAAAAGGACAGGAUUAAGUGCCUGUGCUUGUCACUUGCUCUCUUGACUUUCCAAGAACACCCUGGAUUGUGCUGCUGCCUUUUGGUUGGAUCAGCAAGGUAGCCCUCUAUAAAGAUGGGUGACUGGAGUGCACUUGGAAGACUUCUUGACAAGGUGCAAACCUAUUCUACUGCUGGUGGAAAGGUUUGGUUGUCAGUACUGUUUAUAUUUCGUAUCCUUCUUUUGGGCACUGCUGUGGAAUCAGCCUGGGGAGAUGAACAAUCAGCAUUUCGCUGCAACACUCAGCAACCUGGUUGUGAAAAUGUCUGCUAUGACAAGUCAUUCCCCAUCUCUCAUGUACGUUUCUGGGUUCUUCAGAUUAUAUUCGUCUCAACACCAACUUUGCUUUAUUUGGCCCAUGUGUUUUACUUGAUGCGCAAAGAAGAAAAGCUGAACAGGAAGGAAGAAGAACUUAAAAUUGUUCAGAAUGAUGGAGGCAAUGUUGACAUGCACCUUAAACAAAUUGAAAUAAAAAAAUACAAGUAUGGCAUUGAAGAACAUGGCAAAGUCAGAAUGCGUGGGGGUCUUCUUCGCACUUAUAUAAUAAGCAUUUUGUUUAAGUCAGUUUUUGAAGUUGGCUUUCUUGUCAUCCAAUGGUACCUGUAUGGGUUCAGUCUGAAUGCCGUCUACAGGUGUGAACGACAACCCUGCCCACAUACAGUAGAUUGCUUCCUCUCACGACCCACCGAGAAAACCAUUUUUAUAUGGUUUAUGUUGAUAGUGUCUCUUGUGUCACUUGGCUUAAACAUCAUUGAACUAUUUUACGUCAGCUUUAAAAGCAUCAAGGAUGGCAUCAAGGGGAAAAGAAACCCAUACACCCAUACAAAUGAUCCAAUAAGUUCAGCAAAAGAUUGUGGUUCACCUAAAUACACAUACUUUAAUGGCUGUUCUUCUCCGACUGCUCCCAUGUCACCACCAGGUUACAAGCUUGUUACUAGUGAAAGAAACCCUUCAUCAUGUCGUAAUUUUAACAAGCAAGCAAGUGAGCAGAACUGGGCUAAUUACAGCGCUGAACAAAUUAGGAUGGGCCAAGCUGGAAGCACCAUCUCAAAUACUCAUGCACAGCCCUUUGAGUUUCCUGAUGAUCAACAGAAUACCAAGAAAUUAGUGCCUGGUCAUGAGAUGCAGCCCAUUGCAGUUUUGGACCACAGACCACCUAGCAGAGCAAGCAGCCAUGCCAGCAGCAGACCCCGACCUGAUGAUUUGGAGAUUUAGUUUAUUAAAUCACAUUAUCAAACGAAAGGUUAAUUUGUUGAGUGAUGGAGGUACUUCAUGGUCUCAAAUAAGAGAUUUAACAAACUUUAAAACUUUUGUAAUGUACAUUUUGUGGUGUGGGAGGUACACUUUGGUAUUUAAGUAGUUGAUUGCAAAAUUUACAGAACUAAAUGACUCAGAAAACUAGAAUCACAUGCAUUUCAACCUAGAAUGUAUUUAUAAGAGGAUGUAUAUAAAGUAAGGUAUGUGUUUUCAAUUUGUGAACAAAGGUGUUGUAUUACUGAGUGAUUGGCAUAAAACUACUACAAAUAUAAAGAAGGUUUUUUUUGAGAAGAUGUUUAAAUGAAAAAUAUAUAAAUAGAUUGACUGUCUGGAACAGUUUAGAAACAUAGUACAAAAAUAAAUAUGUAUAAUCAAGAGAAUGUGGUUGGUUGUAGCUCCCUAAUUUGAUUUCUCAAUUGCUCCUCUAAAUUAUACUAUUAUAAUUUAAAAGAACUUGCAAAAUAUGGUGCAAAAUAGAUGAAUUGUAAAGAACUUUAAAGGGACACUGAAGACAGUAACUCCUUCAUCUCAUUGAAGUGGUGUAUAUUGUCUGAAGUCAUCUUGGAGAGUCCCCAUCAGCCCAUUCCCUCUGUGCUGCUUGAGAUAAUGAUGAAGCCUUAGUCUGGGCACCAAUGGGUGGCUGUGUUGGGCAGAGAGUGGCCGCUGACUGCUUUCAGUCAUUGCUGGUAUGAAUUGGUAUGUCUAUAAGGAAGUGUUUAAUCUCUGCUUAGCCAUACCCCCAGCAGGGCCUGCUCCUAAAUGGUUCAACAUUGAAUGCAGUGAUAAUACUAGGGGACUUCAGCCACUAUGAUUAAAUUAAAUUAAAUGAUUAUUGCCAAAGUGUCUCUUUAAUUCAGCAGCAAGUCAGUCCACAGAUCAACUUGAUACUUAAAACACAUCGCUUUGUUCAUUCAAUUUGAGUAUAAUUUAAAGCAAUGAAUAGCUGGGGUUCAGAAGUGACACUUUCAUGGAGAGGCUUCUCCAUACAUUUCUUUGAAAUUUUUUCAUAUGAAGUAACUUCUAAUUGAGCUUAUUAGCAGAGAAGAUACCUUCUAUUCUUCCUAACCUUAGUCCUUUAUUACUAAUGUUUCAUUUGCAGCAUACAGUGAUUCCACACUUCAAGUAAAUGCCAGCACUGUACCAUAUAUCCAAAUCCACCAUUUUGUCAUGCCAGGUCUGUUGUUUAUAUCUAUCUUGUUUAUUCUAGCUCUUCCCUUCUACCAGCUCUUUUUCAUUUCAUGCCUGCACCCACAUCUGUACUCUAACGUCAGCUUAUGGUAGAUGCCCCUUAUUUAAUGACUGCUAACCAUGUAUUCAUGCUAGUUCCUCCAUAUUGUAUGACAGGUAACUCCAUACUGCACACCCUGUUGUUUAUGGAGUAUAUGGGGAGUUUACUAUAGCUGAAUGUCACUUUCAUAUAGUAAUCUUAUGCACUUGAAGUGCUGUAACACACCGUGGAGGCCGCCUCCCAAUGGUGCAUUAGCAGACCUUGAUGGACAGGGGAAUUACACAACAUUUAGCAUGAUUUAUCAUUUACCUUGUGGCCCAAACAUUCUAAUUAAAAUCAAAAUUGUGAUAAAGUGUAGGCUUAGCAUAAUUAAGUUGCUAGUUACAAUUGCCCCUUUUAAAAACAACAAUCCCAUUCAUAUAGUUUAUAAAAUAUAAAAGAAAAGACAUUGACUUAUGAUCAACAUACAUGGAUUGAUCUGAUUAUCACUAUAUUAGCUUAUACGUAUUUAUGCUAAACAGCAACCGUUCUCAGUAGUCUCUAAAAAGGUUGCACAGGCCUGGUCAAAUAUGGUCACCACCAUAUGUGGCUAUUUUUUUUUUCAUUGAAAUCAGUGUGACUUUUAGAUGUGACCCCAAUAAUGUGUUUUGUGCAUGAAUAACCAAAGGUAUUUGGAAUUAAUAUUCUUCAACAGUUAAUACCUUUAUUACAGCAAUCACUGUGAAUGUCCUAAAAAAAAAGACUGUCCAUGUUAAUAUUGCAGUUCUAUGAAUGCAAAACUAUUUAAAUGUGAAACCAUAUGUAUCAAGGAAGCAGCAAGUGAAGCGUUAGACUUCUUAUCUGAAAUCGGUCCAAUCAAGCAUUUGUCAAUUUCCCUUCAAAACCUUUUUGCUGUCAAACUCUCUUUGUAAUCACAAAACAUUGACAGUGCAACAUCAAUGAGACAUAUUCAUCUUUUUUUUUUUUGUGAUAUAUUUAUUACAGGAUUAAAUAAAAGAUCUGCUGUUUGAUUCCAUCAGCUUGACAGAUGCAGAACAAGAGGAAAUUAUACAUCACAUUAUGUGAUGAUCUUUUCUCAGUGUGUUUCCUGACAUGCUUUGCACAGAUAAGUUUUGAAAGUCCCAAAUAUUUUGCUAGAGAAUGACACAUCAUUUUCAAUUCUUUCUAGUUUCAUAUUUAACAAAUUAACUAAAAAUAGCUAUAGUAAGAAACUGACCUGCUCCCAUUAUUACGGAUUCUAACAAGUCAUUUUAGAUGAUAUAGGAUCCGUAUCAAGACAUUGCAAGUUUACGAUUACGGGACAGAUGCUAAUGUUAAUUACAAAUUCUGGUUUGACUGUACUUUUCAGUGUUUUGAUGCACUAAAUGUCAUUUAGUUCCAUCCGUUCCCUGUGCUAUUGACCUCAGAAGUCAUACUUCGACAGAAAAUAAUUAGAUAUCUUGCUUGGUAAGUUUGAUCCUGCAUAGGAAAUUUUAAAAGCCCAAAACACAUUUCUAUCUGUUAGUCAAUUUACGGCAGUCAUAGGUGAUCAAUCUCUUAAGGACAAUAAAGGAUGUUCUAGAAAACCUUAUGCCAGCACAGAAUGUCCUGUUUAUUUAAAUGAGUUUGACAUUCCAUUUUAUAACACAUCAUUAAAGAGUAAAUCGUUUUAACCACAUAUGCCAUGACUGAUCCUUAAUCGGUUAAAUCUAAUAGAUCAGUUUCGUUAUGGCGGUAUAACUUUAGAAAAGGAAAACAGUUUGUCCAUGCAGAAACACUAUGAAUUUAGCUACUUAAACUGUCACCAAAUAAUUGGGUUAAUAAAAGCAACUUCAAUAAGUGGAAUGAAUUACUAAUUAUUUGCAAUAAUUUGUGAACUGGAUCUAAAUAAUCUUCAAUUGAAUCACAGAAACAUUUGAGAUAAAAGUAAAUUUGGAAAUUGAGCAUCUUCUCAAAAUAAAUUUAAGUGCAUUGGUUUAGGACAGGGGUAGGAAACCUUUGACUCUCUAGAUGUUGUGGACUAUAUCUCCCAUUGUGUUCUGACAGCCAUACUGUUGGAGAAGCAUCAGGUGAGAUGUAGUCCACAACAUCUGGAGUGAUGAAGGUUGCCUACCCCUGAUUAAAUUAAGAGCUGGAUAAGAUCUUUGAGAAUGACAUACAACAUAUUUAACCCUUUGAGUUCCAACACGAUCAUCUGCACUCAAUCUGUUAACUUUACCAGAUAUUGCUAUGAAUUUUUUUACAUCACUCCUCUGGCAUUCCAAUGGUUAAAUACAUGAGAGGAAAAAUAUGUAGCUUAUAAAUACAUGAUAACUAUAACUUUAAAUAGCAUCUCGCACUAGAGGCCAACAAAAUGGUGUUUACAAAUUCCUAAUGUGUUGUAAAAAGCACAUUUUAGCCCUAUUUUUGUGUUGUCGGUAUUGUUUUGACGUGUCUACUUCUGGAUAGACAUCGAUCAGUUAAGGUAUAAUGUCGAGAUUUUAGAUUGUUUGUCUUUCUUUAAGUGUCAGGAAUACCAUCCUGACUUGAAUGAUUUUAAUUUCUUUAAUGUGUAAUCAAAUAUGCUUGAAUGAUAGAGGUUGUUAUAGUACUGUACGCAUACAUCAUUUGGUUGUUAUGUGAGAAACAGAAAUGCUUAGAGCUGGAAUGCGACUUAAAUAUAGCUGCACAGGUUCUGUAUUAAGCAGCCCACAAUUGUGAAUUAUGUUGUAAUUAUGUACUGUAAACUAGACUUCAUUAUCCUGAUGAGAUUCAUUUUGUACAUUUAAUUAUCAUUUGGUUGCUUCAACCACUGUAAUGUUUGCACUUGGGGGUUUGUUUAGAAUGCAAGACAGUCUGGAGAUUAAACUUGUUCCAUUAUACACUUAGAGGUAAUUUAUUUGAAAAAUUGCAUCUGUUAAAUCUUUGGAGUGCUAGAGGAUUUCAGCCGUGGUUCAAUUUCCAAAAAGGUAUACUACGCAGCUGCCGAAAAACACCAUAGUUGGAGGUGCUCAUUGCAAAUGGAUUUAGAUAACCCCGCUCAUUCCUGCCCAUGCAGUGCCUCUUUCAUCAAAGCUCCUCUCUUUUCCUGACAUUACAUUGCACAUAAUAUAUUUUAAUUAAUUUUUUAAGGCAGAGGAUGCAGACCAUCUGUACAAUUUGUGUUCUAGGGCACCUGAGCCGUAGAUUUAGCUAUGAGUUGAAAUCACUGGCACUCGGUUAAACACACCUUCCCAAUAAAAGCAGUGGUGUUGCGUUGACACAGCACUACAUAUGCUGGAGAGAAGUGCAUUGUAUGAUUAAGUUUUUUGUAAUAUGUGCAGAAUGAAUGAUUUUGAUUUUUUUCCCCAUAAACUACUGUUAUGUUCUGCUUCAUUGCAUGUAUGUAGUAAUGGCUAAUUAGCACAUUGUUUCCAAAGUGCUUUCUUUAAACAAUAAAGUUUUACUUUAGUAAA